ACUCUUUUACCCAAACAAAACAGGACAUCCAUCACAUUUUAACUAAGACAAAAUCCCCAAAUGGCCUCCUCCUCUUCUUCUAUCGUCGUAAUCCUGUUCAUUUCAUUUGGCUGCAUUUUCUUCUUUGCCUUGUGCUUUUUCGGUGCAUGGUUCUUGAUCAAAUCCAAGAAGAAGAAGACAGUGCGGGGAACUGAAGUCAUCCGGUCCGACGAGCAUUUCAAGGUGAAGGAGGACAUUGUGAGCGGCCCCGGCGGAGAAAAGGCCGUGGCCCUGUCCGUUGAAAAGGACAAACAUUUCGAAGAUAACUUUGCCGAGACAAACGAGGAGAGCAAGGAAAUCAAGACAAGAGGCGAUAUUGAUAUCGAGAGAGGAGAAUGAAUAAAAAGUGUCUUCUUGUCUAAGCAAAAAAAACAAUAAAGUGAUGAUAUACUAACAAUAAAAGCAAGAACAACAACACUGUACUAGGAUUGUUUACUUCAUUACAUCCUUAAGUCAUUAUUAAUUACACCAACGAUUGAUCAAAUUAAUUAAGCCUGCAAUGGCCUCCCCUUCUCCA